AGGUCUUAAUUGCAUGAUAAAGAUGAAACACAUGUUGUAAAGCAUUGAAAAGAGGAUCUGUCUGUAACAUUAUGUUUCUAAACAAUGUAGAUAGUUUCCUACAGUUUUUCCCUAAAUGUGUCUCUUCCUAUCAAAAUGUAACACAUAGUCCUUCGUAAGAUCUUUGCAGCAGUAGAAGAGGCCCAGAACCAGUGCCUAUUUACAGAAGUACAUAACACCACAGGACUGCCAAUAUCCACUGUCUGAAAUGUAAGCAGAUGUAAAAACUCUGUGAAAUACCAAGAAUUACAGUAUUCUGAACAAUGUACGAGUUCCUGUAAACGUUAUCUUUAUUUAAAUUCCCUUGACUUGCAAUUCAUAUUAAAUUCAUUUUAUAAUUCUAAUAUUUUUGGUAGAAAGUAAAUGGAACAGCGUAUUACAUGUUUUCCUUACUUUCUGCUUUUGUGAGUAAGUUAGACUUUGCAAUGACACAAAAAUUAGCCCAUUUUUUUUUUACACACAAAUGUACCCAAAUACUUCCAUUGAUAAAGCAUUUACAGACCCAGAGGGGGGUAGGUAUAGGGUUACUGAACAGUUGCUAAGGAGCUAGCAAGCCCAUGAUGCAUUUUACCACAAUACUGUGUAUAUCCCUAUCUGUCCCACAGCUGAAAACUAUUAGGCACAGCAACAACUUCCUUGCCUCACAGUUUGAUUCUAUUUGAAAGCAAGCAAGUGGAACUGCUGCAGAUCAAAGAAGCUUGCAACACAGACACACACUUUUCCAACAUGAAUCGUGCUUUUAGCCGGAAAAAAGAUAAAACAUGGAUGCAUACUCCCGAAGCUUUGGCGAAACUCUAUAUAUCUUACAAUGCAAAGUUUCUUGGAAAUGUAGAAGUUGAUCAACCAAAAGGUACAGAAAUCGUGAGGGAUGCUGUUCGAAAAUUAAAGUUUGCAAGACAUAUAAAGAAAUCCGAAGGGCAGAAAACGCCUAAAGUGGAAUUACAAAUCUCGAUCUAUGGCGUGAAAAUUCUAGAUCCCAAAACGAAAGAAGUGCAGCACAGUUGCCAGUUGCAUCGGAUAUCAUUCUGUGCAGAUGAUAAGACGGACAAGAGAAUAUUCACAUUUAUUUGCAAAGAUGCAGAGUCUAAUAAACAUCUGUGUUUUGUAUUUGAUAGUGAAAAAUGUGCUGAAGAGAUUACUCUAACAAUUGGUCAAGCAUUUGACCUGGCUUACAAGAAGUUUCUGGAAUCUGGAGGAAAAGAUGUGGAAACAAGAAAACAAAUAGGAAGCCUUCAGAAAAGAAUUCAAGAAUUGGAGACUGAAAAUACAGAACUAAAAAAUCAAGUGCAAGAUAUGCAGGAACAAUUAAUGCUCACUCAAGUUUGCCCGUUGCUGCAUAUACAUUCUGCUAACCAACAACAUGUGCUUGAAAGACCUUCGUCUCUCUUCUGGUGUCAUAAUAUGACGUCCGCUUCUUAUUUAGAAAUCUCUUCCAUUACACUUACUCCAAUGAGCUCUCCUGAAUCCAACUUAUCCAUUGGGCUACUGACUCCACCUCCCUCUAAAAGCACUCUACUAAAAGCUGUCAAUGGAUACAGUAUUCCGAGGCCUCGUGCAGGCAGCGUGACAGUUAGAUCUCCAUCUACAGACGUCUUUGACAUGGUUCCAUUCUCACCAGCCUCGCCUGCAUCACCACUAACAGCAAGCAAUGGCACGCAGCCACCUGCUCUCCCAAAAAUAUCUAAUGAAACCGAAAAAGAUCUUUUUGGCGCUGAACCGUUUGACCCCUUUAUCUGUGGGGAAUCAGACUUUCCACCAGGCAUCCAGUCCAAGCUGGAUGAAAUGCAGGAGGGGUUCACAAUGGGACUAACACUGGAAGGCACUGUGUUUUCUCUUGACCCCCUAGACAGUCGCUGCUGAUGCCAAGUAGACAUUUUUGUUAUAGUCAUCUUUCAAAAUGUUUUAUUUUUUGUAAGUGCCAAAUUUGAUCUGGAGUUUAGAUGCAAGGAUGUGCAUCUUUUAAAUAAAAUAAUCUGUGUCAAACACUGCACCUUCAAAUGUGUACUGUAACAGUGUCUCACAAAAUGUUUUAGUGUAGUCACUACUUUCAAGGAUUGAGCAAGCUGUACAUUUGUUGCUCACAGUAAAGGUCACCUCUGUAAUUAAUUUAAUAGGGAGGAUACACUGGUUUCUUACUGUGAAUGUACAGACAUCUUGAGGAUUGUUCCACCAUAAACAUGACUAGUCUGACCAAACUCAGAGCUUUAAUUAUGUACAGUAAAUGCCUUAUGAUAACAAAAGGAACUUAAGAGUUAACAGUUUAGUUUUUCUUUUACUGCUACUGUCUUUCUGUUGCCAUGUGUUCAGCUUGCUCCUAAUCAUCAUAUUUACAUAACUUUAAGAAAUUAUCAUUUAAAAAAAAAAAAAAAAUUAAAAUGGGGGUCGGGGGGGGAUUUUUUGAGAGUUUAUUUACAUUCUCCUAGGUUAAGUGGUAUGAAUGAUGAGAAUAUAGUUUUCAUUAAUUGCCAGCUCGAUUUAAUUAACCAUAAACUAAUCUUUAAAUCUUUGUGAAAAAGGGACAGUGUUGCUAUAAGGUUGGUUUGAUUGUAUGUUGUCAGGAGGGUGUUCUAUUACUGAAGGUUUUCCACAUCAAUGUUUUGAUGAAUUGUAAAUGUCUGUUGCUUUUUUUUUUUUACUUUUCAUAUUAUACUUGGUCUGAGUACCGUCUCACACCAGAAAGCACUUUUUUAAAUCUUAUGUAUACAAAAAGUGCACUCAUCCUUUUGUAGAAUAUUGUGCCAAAGUCGCUACAAGAAACCUUAACACUCCAUAGUAUAGUUUGGUAUUCUUGAAAUGUGUCUACCUACAUACUGUAUAAAAAGCAGUUUUCGUUUUUUUUUUUUUUUUUUUUUCAAAAAAAAGCAUUCUUCAAACUUGUCAACUGCUCAAUAUCCAAAAGAAUGAAAAAUAUGUAUUUUUAUUUCAUAAUUUAGAAAAACACAGCUGUCACUGUAGCCCACUGUGGUACCAUAAAGAAAACCCAUUCUUUGGCCUUGCAUGAACUGCAGUUCAGUUUAAAAUGUAUGCAUUUACAGGAAAGACUGGGCGUUAAUGUUUGAUGCACUAAUUUGUAUUUUUUUUAAUACCACCACUGUUAAUUUAGCACUAUUUAUAAAUUCUGACUGGAUUGAGGUCAUCUGAAUGUUUCUGUCUAAAGUAAUGAUAAUUUCUACUUAUAAAAGCAAAAUUUAUAUAUGAUGGCGGUAUCAGACCAUUAAGUACAGACGCAUAUGUUAAUGGAAAAGAGAAACUGAAUAGCACACCUGUAUAAAACUACACCGAUCUGGACCUUAGACCCAGGUUUGCGCUGACCGCAGUCAAGUUCUUGAGAAUCCCAAAUAGUAUGUGACCUCUAAUAUUGCCACCACAAAGCUUAGUUAAAUAUUCAAUAGAAACCAGAGACAUUUCAACAUUUUAGCAUAUGUUAUUGAAUGUACCUUAUGUUACCAGUAUGUAUUUUUAACACUGAAUUGGCACACAUUCAGGCUUUGUUCACCUCACAAAAAUUAAUUGUCAAAACUAUUAGUUGUCCAGGCCAGAAAUGCUUAUAAAAUAGAUAUACUAAAACCCAGUUAAGUAACAGUUGUUUAAGUAAUCCAAACAUGAAGCUUCUUGAUUGGGGGGGGGGAGGAUUAACUUUUUUUCAGUUUUUACCAUUAUAAUUUUGUUCAACGUCUGAACAUGCAGUACAAAGUGUCAAUUUGUCUAAAGGGUUUGUGCACUUGUAGUCAAAUGCUUAUAUGCUUUUGUAGUAUUAAUGUUUUUAAGUGUAUAUAUAAGUUCAGUAUUAGUCUUCCGUUAUUGUGUUUUACAAGGCUUACUUACAAAUUAUCACAGUUUAUAUGAACUGUGGGUGUAGUUAAACAAAAAAAUCAUAGUUAUCCACAAGUUAUUUUAUCUUUUAUAACAAAGGCUAUUUUAGUGGCCAAAAUGAUUUUUUAAAAAGAAGCUCUGUAUUUUUUAUUGUAUUUUGCAAAUUCAUUCAAAUUGACAAUGAACUCACCGAUGUGCUGAAAUUAAGUAUGGUUAAUGGCACAGUUUUCUUAAAACAUUAAUCUUUACCAAUUAUUUUUUAUAAGUCAGUGGAUUUGUGAAUUGUAAUGCUAUUGAUAUGAACACAACACACACAUUAAAAAGUUGAUGUCAGUGCAUGUGAGCUCCAGAGUGGCAAGCACACAGUUCAAUAUAUGUAUUCCUUUGUAAUAAUCUGAAGUGUGUGGAUUACAUUUUGCCUAUAUUAAAUCAUUUUGUGAAAAAAAAAAA